AUGGAGUGUAGCCUGCGCGAGAGGCAGGCGGAGUUGGUGGGGGAGCGCGACAAGUUCCAUGCGGAGGUGGAAUGGCUCCGCACCGAGGCGCGCAAGAUCUCAGAAGAGCUGAAGAGGACGAGGAAGUCCAAGGAGCAGUAUAAGAAGGAUAUGAAGGCGUCCCUAGCCGGGACGAAGCGCCUCAAGAAGGACCUGGCUGAAUACGUCAUGAACUCCACCCGCUCGAACCAGGCGCGCAUGUCCUCAAUCCUUCGCAGGUAA